AUGUCCAGUAGUUUGGAUGAAGAAGAACUUUUACUUUUAUAUGCAGUGGUUGAAAGUCAACAAAAGGGGAAGCGAAUUUGGGUUCAUGACAUAAAUAGAAAAAUAGAAAAUUAUGGCAAAUACCACCAUUUAUGUCGUUAUUGUGUUUUAGACGAGUCAUGUUUGACAGCCGAUAUGAUUUGUAAUUGAAUAAAAGGCGAUGAUAAUAAUGCUUUCAUGUACGUGAAUAACGCGUUCUGUUUGACAAGGCCUUUACUAAUAAUUAUAAUAAUAAAAAUAAAUUUAGUUGAUAUUUUACGUUUUUCCAGCAGAAGUAAACAAAAUCGUUUCAUCCAAUUCAAAGUUUGGAAUUGAAUGGAUCAUUGUUGUCAAAUGGAUCCCAGGCUCCAAGUUCGCCAAUGAUGAAUGGAACCACCACCGCUACAUUGCCCUCUGCUAA